AUGAAGAUGCUUCUGUUUCUUGCCUUGGCGCUGCACAGCUGCGUGGCUUCUCCCGCGAGUCAUGUUUUAGAACGCACUGACAUCACGGCUGCAGUGAACUUAGCACUGCAAGCAUACCUAACCACCGUUACUGAUCCUGUGGCUCUGAAACCACACAUCGAGUACAAGAUCGACGCACCUCUAAUUGCAGAUGUCCUCCUGACGAUGGACGGCGCAACCCUCGGCGGCGUGAAGGGCAUCAAGGCCGAAAAUUGCCUCCUGACGGGCACCGAUUCCCAGGACAUCGAGCUGAACUUGCGGGCGACCGAACUGACGCUCGCGAUGCCCGCCUAUACCAUGAACGGCUCGGUGGUCGAUCACAUCCCGUUGCAUGGCAAAGGGCAGGCCGGCAUCGAGAUCGAGGACCUGGUAGCUAGUCUCGUAGGCAAAGGAACCGCUACUCUGUCUCCUUUCAGCGUCCAGUUUACCGAAAUUGCGUUGGAUCUUGAGCUGUUCCGAUGGACGGUGGAUUUCCAAGACCUGGCACCUGGCACUGACCUUGGCACUGUUUUCAACCAGUUCUUCAGCAUGUGUGGCCCCGAGAUCUUUGACCUUCUUGAGAUCAGGCUAAACGAGGGCGACGGCCUUCUGAACUUCAUCAAUGGAAUCUUCAAACCUUAAAUGGUGAAAAAAAAGGAUAAUGAUGAAUAAAAAAAUGGAAUCUUCAAA